AUGGCAAAAAAGAAAGCAUUCAUUCACAUUUUAUAUCUUGUCUCUCUUGUAUCUAUAGUAUUUUUACCCUGGCGGAUCUCUCUCGCAUUUACUAAAAGUCCGGAAUCUUGGGUUAGUAAUUGGUGGAAUACUAGACAAUCCGAAAUUUUUUUGAAUGAUAUUCUAGAAACGAGUAUUCUAGAAAAAUUCAUAGAAUUAGGGGAACUCUUCUUGUUGGACGAAAUGAUAAAGGAAUAUCCGGAGCCACAUCUUAAAAAAUUUCGUAUAGGAAUACACAAAGAAACGAUUCAAUUGAUCAAGAUGUAUAAUGAGGACCAUAUCCAUACGAUUUUGUGCUUAUCAACAAACAUAAUCUGUUUUGUUAUUCUAAGUGGUUAUUCUCUUAUGGGUAAUGAAGAACCUGUUAUUCUUAACUCUUGGGUUCAGGAAUUCCUAUAUAACUUAAGCGACACAAUAAAAUCUUUUUCUAUUCUUUUAGUAACUGAUUUAUGUAUUGGAUUUCAUUCCCCCCAUGGUUGGGAACUAAUGAUUGGCUCUGUCUACAAAGAUUUUGGAUUUGCUCAUAACGAUCAAAUUAUAUCUGGUCUUGUUUCCACUUUUCCAGUCAUUCUAGAUACAAUUUUUAAAUAUUGGAUCUUCCGUUAUUUAAAUCGUGUAUCCCCGUCACUUGUAGUGAUUUAUCGUUCAAUGAAUGACUGAAAAAUGAUCCACUGAUAUUAAUCUAAUUAUAAUGUUUGUUACUUUACUUUAUAAGUAAAGCAUUCAAAAUUGUACUUACUCUUUUUAUUUCUAUCCAUUCAGGGGAUUGCUCCUAUAUCCCAGUACAAUUUUUCCAGUAA